UGCGCACAUUGAGCAGCUCUAAUGCAGUCACAAGACUCCAGACACGGGUGCACAAACAUCCUACACGCUGACAGGUCAGUGAAGCUCACACUGACUUCUGUGCGUAACCUUCAACUUUCUUUCUUUUGGAUGAAAAAAAAAUCUGCCAGCAAAAACUAGAGCGAUGUUGGAGACGCAACAACUUGGGAUGACUUUUUGAAAUUUAGAUUUUGUGAACGAGUUGUGAAAGUUGCGGUAAUGUGCGCGAAUAGCGCCGAAGAUGUCAACCUUGCUUUGCCACCCACGCGAAAUCGAUUCUAUUACCCCCAAGAAGCCGGCUCCUCCACGUAUAAAUAGAGACGAGAGGAUAUAUCUCCAAAGGCGGUGUUGAACAAGAAGAGCGCACUUCCACGAAGACCAGGACCAGGACCCGGACCAGGAUCAGGACUUAAAAACAUUUAGGGAGGUCAACUGUCUGCCAACUAGUCAUGCAGCUGGAGAGGAAAUGGCACGUACUCCUGACUUUCCUCCUCCUGCUCAUCACCUCAGGCGGCCAGUGCAUGGACAACAAGGAGGUCAAGCAGAAGGAGAGAAGGACCCUGCUGGACUUCAUCUUACAGGUGAUCAGAGACAGCGAGCACCUGGACAAACACCUGUCCAAGCGUUGCAGCGGUGGACUCUUUGCCUCCUUCCAGGACUUGAGGGUGUCCUCACGUGAAAAGCCUUUCUACGUUCCCAGGCUGGAGAAGCGUAAACUCACAGAAGUUGUUCCUCGAGAUGUAAACAUGAAGAGCAAGUUCAUUCAACACUUCACAGCAGGACCAGUCAAGUUUUCAUCGGAAUGCAGAACACACUUUGACAGACUUUAUCACAACACAAGGGAUUGCUCAAGACCGGCCUAUUAUAAAAGAUGUGCAAGAUUGCUGACACGGUUAGCAAUGAGUCCCCUCUGCUUGCAAUCAUAGAUAUCAAAUGUCCCAUCAUGAUGGAAGACCGUGUUGCCAAGGAAGUGCCUUCAAAUCCUCAAUCUGUCUAAUUCGGUUUGCCUUCUUGACAUCACCCAGAAUGCUGUCGGACAUUGUUUGGUUGUUUUUUUUCUAUACAGUAAUCCCUCGCCACUUCGCUGCUUCACUCUCACAGUAUUUCAAAAUAGAUUAAUUAGAAAAUAAUUUUGCUGUUUUGUGGUUGACUAUGGACAAAUAGCAUAUUUAAGCUAUUUUAUGGGAGGGGUGGGGGCUAAUUCAAGCAUUUUCAAGCAUAAAAAAGCUAAAUCAGGGGUGUCCAAACUUGGAAAAUUGAAAGGAUGCAACUUUGCCACUUUGAUAUUUUGUAAUAUUUUUGUAAUAUUUCAACAUUCAUCUUAAAUAAUCUUUGUAAUAUUUUCACUUUAUUCACAUAUUAUAACCGUUUCUUUUUUCUGUAUCUUUUAAAUAACUUGACUUAACUUAACUUCAACUGUAUGCUACUAAAAAUGACAUUUUUCCUAAUAUUCCAAGUUUGUUCUCGUUUCUCUAAUUGGAAUAUGACUUAAUUCUCUUACUUUAUUCACAUACAAUUACAGUUGUUAAUUACAGCUGUUCUGCUGCUGUUGUUUUCCUCAAAUAUCCUUUGUAAUUUUUCUUCACGUAAUAUUUUGACUUUAUUCCCAUAAUAAAACUUUUUCCUUAACGUAAUAUUCAAAAAAUGUAAAAAAAAAUCAUAUUAUUAUAUUUAUUAUUAGAAAUAUUACUAUAAAUAACAUUUUUCUUUAAUAAAAAAACAUUUUCCUCAUUAUUUCAUUUUGUUUGUCAUAAUAUUAUCACUUAAAAUUGUAAUAUUUUUCUUUAUAAAAAUCUAAGUCUUGUUAGAAUACAAUGUUUUUCUCUUUAUUUUUUUAACUUGCAAAUGACAUCUAUUUUUGUCUAUUUCUGCUGUAUCUUUUUUAAUUUUCCAACUUUUUUUCUUGGAACUUUUCUUCUUGAAAUUUUGACUUUACUGUCACAAUAUUUUCACAUUAUUCUCAUAAUAUAACUUUUUUCUGCAGCCUAAUUUCAAUAUUAUAAAUGUAAUAUUUUGACGUUAUGCUUAAAAAUGACUUAUGGCGUUAUUUAUGUCAUUUUUUGGUUUGUUUUGUGUUUAAAUUCUAUUUUCAGAAUGUACAAUUUGGACACCCCUGAGUAAUUGAAGUAAAAUACAAAAAAGAGGCAUUGAAAGAUGUGAUGAUAUGUAGUAUUCUACACUGGUCACUAGGUGUCAGUAAUGGUACUGUAAUGUUGGUUGAGACACACAAGCACCAGACUACUUAACCGCGAUAAACGAGGGAUGACUGUAUUUCACAUAACGCAUGUAUAUUUGUAAGUUGACAUUAAUUUAAUAUGAGGCAUAUUUAUUGAGGUGUGACGCUGUGUGUGUAAUAUUUCCAAAUCAUGCAGAGUUGAAUGAUGAGUUUGCAAAGGUUCUCCUCCGCCAUUGUUGUGAAGCAACAAGCCGGCCUUGCGGUGAACCAUUUGUCACCCUCUCGUCCUCAUCACCUUUUUAUUUGGCACUUGAGUGACAUGCCGAGAAGAGUGAGAAGAGGCGGAACGACAUCCAGUAUGUGAUAAGACACUGCACUAUCCCACAAUAAAGACUAUUGAAGCAGAGCCAAUAUUGAGAUUAUUGCCAAUAAAAGGCAGGCGAUGACAUCACGGGUCGGACUGAAAAUGGAAGUGAAUGACUUAUUAUUGACGGGAAAAUACAGCCCAACCUCUAAGGCGGCACAAUCUUUUCCAUUUUGGCAAAAUGGGAAAUUAGGAUGAAUUUAUAAAUAGGUGAUAAGGUAGCAGUUUUACAGUAGAAGAGUCCGAAGCUGAACGACCUCUAAAGUUGAACAAUUCAGAGUUCCACCAAAUUUGUCAGUGUGAUGACAACCCUUUCUUAUUGAGGUAUGCAGGUCUCGGCCUCGGACUUGGACAACGUGUUAAACCGGUUCCCCGAGGAAUUCUGUGGGGACUACUCUGGGAAUAUGGGGUACCGGGCCACCUAAUUCAGGCGGUCCGUUCUCUGUAGGACCGGUGUCAGAUCUUGGUUUGCAUUUCUGGGAAAAAGUCUGUUUCCAGUGAGGGUUGGACGCCACCAGGGCUGCCCUUUGUCCCCCAUUCUGUUUAUUACUUUUAGGGACACAAUUUCUGGGCGCAGCAUGGGUGUGGAGGCAUUUCGCUUUGGCUUUUUGCAGAUGAUGUGGUCCUGCUGGUUUCCUCGAGCUGUGACCUUCAACUUUCACUGGAUUGAUUCACAGAAAAAGGAUAAGGUGUUUGGAAAAGGAUUCGGGAUGAAAUCCUGCCCCAAGUUGAGAAGUUGAAGUACCUUGGGGUCUCGUUCACAAGUGAAGGAAGGAUGGAAAGUGAGGCUGACUGGUGUGGUGUCUACAUUGGUCUGUUGUCGGCAGACCAGUAGGGGGGCCUCAGGGAAGACCCAGGACCUGUUAGAUAGACGGGCCUGGGGACACCACGGUAUCUGCCAGGAGGAGAUGGGUGAAGCGACCUUGGAAGAAGUUAGACGGAUGGAUGGCGUCUGUGUCCUGGCUGCUCAGCACAAUAUGGAUGAAACAGCAAUAUUAUCUAAAGCAUCAUCAAAGAGUGAGUACUAUUUUUACGAUGCAGGUGCGCUUGCAUUGCUUACUUUUAAUAAUAAACAUUCCUUAUAUUUCGUGGGAUGAACCUCCAUUAAUGGAUCGUGUUCCAAGUACAAAAAUUCCUUCUUUGCCCCGAUUAAUUGGUUCCAGACCCCACCGGGAUAAGUGAAUUUCCACAAGGUAGGAUUCAAUCUUCAUAAACAGAAUAUUUUUGUAGUUAUAGCAUAGAAAACCUGUUUAUGACUUUCUAAUUGGACAUGAUUCGAGCCCUGUAGACACUCCUGUUAUUCUUUGUUUACGUCACAUUACACAAGCUACGGGCUAACUGCAGGGAGAUAACACACGC